AUGGCCGAUCGGUCGGUUCUUUCCGUCCGAGAUCGAUUCAUCGAAUGGUUGAAGACGAAUUCCGACGGGCUUGUGAAACACCACGAACACGAAAAAAUCAUCAUUGAAAUCAGAGACACUUCAGGUGAGCGGAAAAGCCAACUAUCGAUUUUUUUUUUGAGUUUUUGUUUGCAGUUCACGUGCCUCUCGAUCCGGGAAAGUUCUCGCCGAUGACGCACGAAGGAAAGACAUUCGGAUGGAUCCAAAAAACGAACUGUCCGAAACGGGAAGUAGUCAAAAGCGACGAGAAUCCUCGCGUUGACACCAGAACGGACGUUGUGCGGCGUCUUUCCGAUCUGCAACAGAAUCCACGUGUCUCGGAGUUUCUGCGAGACCUCAAUCGAGAGAAGCUCAUGGAUUUCAUGGUCAAAGAUCGCGACGGAAAUGCGACUCAUCAGAUUGCGCUAAUCGAAAAAUUUCGAAAGGAAUUGGGCUUGGAUCUCGAAUGCCUCUACUGGAUUCUCGGUGAGAGGACAAGAGAAUUGUCGCAGGCCAGGCCGAUGGGGAUUCCCCUCCGCCCCGACCAGCCCGAGUUUUAGUACUGAAAUUUCCAAUUAUUAUUUUUCAAAUAUCACUGCGUCUAGAGCUAACAAUGGGCACAACCGUGUUACAGAAAUUCUUAUAAACGAAACAACACGCAGUCAAAGUUGUGGCCAUGGCCAAGAAAAAGCGUGGAAAAAUUGAUUUUCAAAACGAUGCGUUUCUUUUAGGUAUGGAGAAUGACGAAUCAUCAAGAGUGAGCGGCGGCGGAACGUGGCAUGGCCAGGAAUCGCUCCUGCGGGCUUCGAUUUGGUACUUGAAGUGCGUCGACAGCGUCAAAUGGCGCAGAAGAUGUGCGGAGCUGAAGGAGGAGUUCGAGAAGCGGAAGACGGAGAAUUCGUCGAGCCGGAAAAGGAAAAGAAAGGAGAUGCCGCUGAAAGACGAGUAA